AUGACGUGGCCCGAGACAUUCCAAAGAGCCCUGGUUGCCGAUGUGUCAAGCCGGAAGAUGGGGCUCGGCUUUAGCACCUGCUGGCAGGAAGAGGAGCAUCUUAGCCUCCAGCCUUCUGUGACUACAGGGGACACCUGGUCCUGGGAACAGUACUUAAGAGACUGGAGUGCUGUGGCUGCACCCAUUGAGCUGUUUUCCAAGGACCAGUCCUCUCCUGAGCAGGAAAAUGGCUUUCAGGUUGGAAUGAGAAUAGAAGGCAUCGAUCCCUGGCAUCCGGCUGUGUUUUGUGGGCUUUCUGUAGCGGAUGUGUGUGGUUACCGGCUGAGCCUGCAUUUUGAUGAUUAUUUGAGCUCCCAUGAUUUUUGGACCAACGCCGGUUCCCCAGGCAUUCACCCAGUGGGGUGGUGUAAAAGGACCAACCAUGAAUUGCACAUCCCAAAGGGUUAUAGGAAAGGUAAAAUUGUUUGGAUGGAUUACUUGAAGGCCUAUAGAUUGCAAAAUGCUCCUAAGAAGUUAUUCAGAAGCAGAAGCGCCAUGAAAAUGGAUUUUACGCAGUUCCAACAGCUCGUCAGAGCGCCUUACGGAAAGACUGAGCCCCAGAGAGCCUUGGGUCACUGGUUUUCCUGGACAGAGUAUCUGGAAGCCAAUCAAGCAAACGCAGUGCCUGCCAGAGUUUUCAACACAAGGGCUCCACAUGGCUUUUUACCAAACAUGAAGCUGGAAGUUGUGGACAAACAAAAUCCCCAGUUAAUUCCUGUUGCCACCAUUGUAGAUGUUGAUGACCACACAGUAAAGAUUCAUUUUGAUGGCUGGCGCCACAAAUAUGGCUACUGGAUGGAUGCUGAUAGCCCUGACAUUCACCCCAUUGGCUGGUGUGACGUGACGGGGCAUCCACUGGAAGUACCACAUGGGGCAAGUGAUGUGAACAUCCUUCCAGGUCAAGCUGUAUGUCCUACCCCUGGGUGCCGAGGAAUAGGCCAUAGCCACAGUGCUUUUGGAUGCCCAUAUUCAGACAUGAACUUGAGGAGGGAGGCAGCACUUCAGGUCCGCCCGAGAGAACAGACACAGACAUAUUUGGAAUCAUAUUCUUCACAUUCCACCUUGGAAAACCUCCACAAUUUGAAUUUCAAUGGAAAAUGUGAAGAAAUGAGCAGUCAAUCCAGACUUGUACAGCAGGCAAAGUGUUUGAAAAUAGUCAAAGGAAAGGAAGACAUUGGCUUGGAUAAUCUCUAUAGAGAGUACCCGGCCGAGCAGGCGCAGCAGGUGCUUCAGCCCUGGAUCUCCGUGGCGGCCAUGUCCACCCACCCUUUCCGAGACCUCCCGCUUGGUUGGGAGCAGCACUGCAAGAUGCUUCCAGGGGUGGCCAGCACCCAAGCAAGCCAAGUGGCCGGGUGGACGGUGGAUCAGGUGGCUGAGUUUGUACAAUCUCUUCUGGGCUGUGAAGAACAUGCCAAGUGCUUCAAGAACGAGCAGAUAGACGGCAAAGCCUUCUUGCUUCUGACCCAGGCAGACAUCGUCAAAGUGAUGAAAAUCAAGCUGGGUCCAGCCCUGAAGAUUUACAAUUCUAUCCUGAUGUUCAGGAACUCCCAGGACAUUACUGAAGAUGAUGUCGCCAUGGGCCAAGAACCCAGGAGAUAA